AGAGAUCAGCCCAGCGCGGGAGGGCGGGGCGGGGCGGCCGCCGGUUCGGGUUGGCGUGCGGGUCCGGUCAGGCGGCGGAUGGCGGCGAGCGCUGAGGAGGUGCUGAGCAUCAUGGAGGUCGGCGGGUCCCUGCUGGAGCGGGUGGCCGUCGGCAACGCGCUCUCCCUCGUCCUGGCCGUCUCCGCCUUCGCGCUGAGCCUCGGCUACCUGCUCCAGCUGGGUUACCGGCGGCACGUCGGGUCCGACCAGAAGAAAUACCCACCUUAUAUCUCUUCAAGCAUCCCUUUCCUUGGACAUGCAUUUGCAUUUGGAAAAAGUCCCAUUGAAUUUUUGGAAAAUGCUUAUGAUAAGUAUGGACCUGUGUUUAGUUUCACUAUGGUUGGCAAGACAUUCACAUACUUACUGGGUAGUGAUGCUGCUGCUCUGCUUUUCAAUAGUAAAAAUGAAGACUUGAAUGCAGAGGAUGUAUACUCUCGGUUAACUACACCUGUGUUUGGCAAGGGAGUUGCUUAUGAUGUCCCUAAUGUGGUAUUCUUGGAACAGAAGAAGAUGCUAAAAACUGGGCUGAAUAUUGCCCAGUUUAAACAGCAUGUAUCUGUGAUUGAAGAAGAAACAAAGGAGUACUUCAAAGCAUGGGGAGAGAGUGGAGAAAAAAACCUGUUUGAAGCCCUUUCGGAACUUAUCAUUUUGACAGCAAGUCAUUGCUUACAUGGGAAAGAAAUACGGAGUUUGCUGAACGAGAAGGUGGCUCAGCUCUACGCGGAUUUGGAUGGGGGUUUCACUCACGCCGCCUGGCUCCUGCCGGGCUGGCUUCCUCUGCCCAGCUUCAGACGGCGAGAUCGAGCACACAAAGAAAUAAAGAAUAUUUUCUACAAGGUUAUCCAGAAACGUCGGAAUUCUGAGGAGAAGGAAGAUGACAUGCUCCAAACUCUACUUGAUGCUUCAUACAAGGACGGCCGUCCGCUGACAGAUGACGAAAUCGCAGGGAUGCUCAUUGGGCUGCUGCUGGCGGGGCAGCACACGUCCUCCACCACCAGCGCCUGGCUCGGCUUCUUCAUAGCCAGGGACAAAGCCGUGCAGGAGCGGUGCUUCGCAGAACAAAAAGCCGUUUGUGGGGAUGACUUGCCACCAUUAUCUUAUGACCAGCUCAAGGAUCUCAAUUUGCUGGAUCGCUGUCUGAAAGAAACUUUAAGGCUUAGACCUCCUAUAAUGACCAUGAUGAGAAUGGCCAGAACUCCUCAGACCGUUGCUGGAUAUAAUAUUCCCCCCGGCCAUCAGGUCUGUGUGUCUCCCACUGUUAACCACAGACUCAGGGACUCCUGGAACGAUGCUCUGGAUUUCAAGCCGGACCGGUAUCUCCAAGAUAACCCAGCAGCCAGAGAGAAAUUUGCAUACGUGCCAUUUGGUGCUGGCCGUCAUCGCUGCAUUGGAGAAAACUUUGCUUAUGUGCAGAUUAAGACUAUUUGGUCUACUUUGCUUCGUUUGUAUGAAUUUGACCUCGUCAAUGGCUAUUUUCCAACUAUAAAUUAUACAACGAUGAUACACACACCUAAUAACCCCAUUAUCAGAUACAAGAGGAGGUCAUUGUAAAUUCUGGAGCUAAAACCUUAGCUAUUUAAAUUGUGUAAACUAACAGACUUUUGAAUAAAAUUGUGGCAAAAUGAGGGGCAAAUGGAAACUGUUGCAUCUACUGUUAUGAAAGCAACAGUACUUACCAAAUGCAACAUCUUUGCAUUUAUUUUGUUUAAUGCUGAUGUGUAUAAUUGCUCGUUCUACAACUUUCUCAUUGAAUUUUUAAAGAAAAAGUGUCUUUUCUAUGGGUGUAACCCUUUUAAGAUGCAUGCCAGCUCUUCAAGGUGAUGAAAUAAGUCAUUUCUACAAACUGAACUCUUUGCUUUUGAAAAAUAACUGAAAACUACUCUUCCCUGGGUAAUAGGGGUGAGACUGCAUUCCUGACUCCAUAUCCAACUGCAGGAAAUCUGUCAGGAAACAAGCACCAAGGGGGAAUGUACUUGAUGGUGCUCGACUUCUGGUGUUUGUGGUCCUGAGCCAAGCAAAGUAGGUCCAGUCCUGGCUGAUUAUUUUAAAAAUGUUACUGUACAAUGCACAGAGGAGUCUUUUGAGAAAAAACAGUUCAAAUGUCUAACUUGAAGCAGUUGUGAAAUACUUUGGUUCAGAAAGCAACAAAUAAUUUUCUAAAAAUUUCUGAAAGUACUGAUCGCUGACAGUGAUGUGUGAAAGUAACAAUAUAAUGAUACAAACAUUAAUUCUGUAAAUAACAUGUUUGUGUUUAAAGUGGUCACAAAUGAAGUGAAAUAGCUGAGUGUUGUCCUUUGUACUGACUCAUGCAGGAUUGUUAAAUGGUGUUUGGUUUGAGUGGUGGCGAUAAACAGUAAUGAGCUCUGGCUCACAAGAACUUUGAAUUAAAUUUAUAAACAAA